GGUUCCUUGUUUGGCGCCGCGCGCGGAGCUUGCGUGGCGGCGGCUGAGCUAUUGGCGCGACGGCUGCGCGCUGUCAACGCGCGGCUGGAAACGCCUCCCUGGCUCCGGUGGUGCAGAGAGCUGCCGGUGUGCGGCGGCGCUUUGGCGCGAGGCUGCGCGCUGUGAACGGCUGCGAGCGGUCACUACACGCCUACACGACGGCACGAUAGCGCAAGUCGACGCGCCCGCAUCCCAUGCUUCCUAGUGUCUUACUGACCGCUAGCUCCAUGCCGGCUUUGCAUCCGUGUUUUGCAGGCGUUCAGUUAUCAUUUCAAUCACAGCGCUGGGAGCGCAACGCCCUGCGCUGUCCUUGUUUCGUGGCCAAGCGCUGCAGCCGACGCGCAACCCCUAGGGCGAGCUCCUCCUGAUCCACUCCUUUCCGCAAAGCGCGUGCCGCGCGGAAUCAUCCUAAAAACACGGGAACGGGUGCACAAUGCGCCGCGCCGCGCUGCGUGCCCGCGUCAUAAGGCGCGCCCCGCCCUCGCGAAGCAGAGCAAGCCUCGCCGACCUCCGCGUCCGCGAUUUGAUCAUAGAACGAGGUUUGAGGACGGCGCCGGAGAUUGAUGAAACUCUACCAGUACGAGAAGCUAUUAGGGAACUAAUAGAGCAGCGCUUCACGUCGGCGCUGACCCAUGACGAAGAGGGCACCGUCGCCGGAGUAGUGACAGCAAGAGAUUUAUUAGUAAGGCUCCACGAGAACGGCUGCGACGGAUUAGAAGAUAGAUGCGCGGACUUCGCGACGCCACGCCAGAAAAUCGCCUGGUGCGCGCCGGAAGAUCCGAUCGAGCGGACGCAAGCGUUGAUGCGCACUUUAGGUGUUAGGAAUUUACCGGUGGCCCAGAACGGCGAAGUUUUGGGGAUGCUGACGGCGAAGGACAUUGGGGACUACCUCAUGGAGCUGCGAACCUCAACAAAGACGAAGGAGGCGUUCCUGGAGACGACAGCAGCUCGGCGCGGGCUGCCUAGUGGUUCGAAAACGGUCUCAUCAGAACGGUUGCAGACCAUGGUUUCUGCCUUGGCUGGUGCUUCACAUGCAAUCGAUGACCAUGAAGUGAACCUGACGCAUUGUUGUUUGCCAAAUCCCCUCAAAUUGGAAACAGGCCACUCGGCGCGAAGUAUCUCGGAUUUAAAUGGCGCCGAGCCUACGACAGAUGUGAACCUGUCCGAGGACGCCCACUUUGUCAAGAGGAUCAACAACAUCACGCACGUGGGCGUUUUUGAUGGUGUUGGAAGCUGGCGGAAAUUAGGCGUCGAUCCGAGACUGUAUCCUCGGGCGCUGUCCGAGGCCUGUGAAGCGUCGAUCGACGACCACCCUUCCUUAAGGCCUGAUGAAAUACUAGAACGGGCCUGGCGGCACGUAACGAAGGAAGAAAUCCCCGGGUCUUCUACGGCACUCCUAUUGUCCGUUUCUCGCUCUCAAUUAGCCUACUGUUCGUUAGGAGACUGCGGAGUGGUUGUUCUGAGAAAACCGGACGUGGCCGGCACCGCGGCCCACACGGGAAUAUCGGCGACGCGAGCGCCAUUACUAGUCGCCGCGCAGCAACUAAGGGACUUCAACCUCCCCUACCAGCUCGGCUGGACGAACGAGGGCGGCACGAAGCCCUUCGAGGCGCCUAGUAACGCGAACGUGGGCACUGUUCCGGUUUUUGCCGACGACAUCAUCGUGAUGGCUACCGAUGGAUUAUUUGAUAAUGUGGCUCUGGAGACGGUGGCCGAAGUGUGUGAUCAGUGGGAGCACGAUAAAAGUACGAGUUUGGCGGAGCGUCUCUGCGAGGAAGCGCGAAAACGUUCGUUGGACGACGCGGUCGACUCGCCCUUCGCCCUACUCGCCAAGGAGAACGACGUCAUGUGGGGCGGCGGCAUGCCCGACGACGUCACCGUCGUCUGUCUUGAAGUAUCAUAA